AUGAACCCUCUUCUCAAAAAGUCUCUGAGGAUCAAUUCGAUCAGUGAUCAAGCUAAGCCUGCGGAGGCAACGAUCGCCAUCGCCAUCUCCAUCACCAUAGAAACCCACGCGAGACUAGCCGCAUCCAGCGCGACACAAAUGUUGUGCUCGGGUUCAGAGAGAUACUACAGUAUCCCUUUUCAUGACAGAGGAGAAGAUAAACCCGCAAAAUACAUGGAUCCAACCUUCAAGUUCCCUGGAUCUCCAGGAGCGCCACUAUUCCAAAUUUCCGCAGACCGCGUUAACCAGCAACGACCGCUGUCCCAAUAUGACUUUGAUACAUCAUCGGCAAGCAUGCUGGGAGAGAACAACAAAUCCCAUUCUCGGGAUAGCUCUGUGCAUGAGAAGGUUGCGGCAUUCAAUUCGUUGGCAUUCCAAGGGAAACAAUUGGAGCGCAAGGCAAAUGAUGCGGCUCUCAAGCGGGCAAUGCUAGGGCGAGAGGAAGCAGAGAGCGAGAUGCGACGCUACAGAGAUGAGACUAGAUCGUUGAGACGACAUGUUGAAGAGGGCCGGGAGAGGGAGAGAAAGGUGGGCGAGAGACUGGAGACUGUCAUGGUAGGUUCUGCUGUUGACCGGCUAUUCUUGAUCAUUUCUGAUAAGCUAUCUACACAGGAAAAUUACGGUCGAGCAAAAGAGACCUAUGCACAUACGCAGGCUUUAUGGGAGAAAGAGAUCCGACGGGCGAGGAAGGAGUCGUUCAAGUCCCAAUCAGUCAUUGUCAAGCUGCAAGAAGAGCUGAAAGCAUCCCGAAACUCGAUGCGCAUCGCACAAUCAGAUCUAGAACAAGAAAAAGAGCGGAGUCUAAAGCGGGAACAAGAGGCAUUUGCGGCGAGAUACCAACUUGUGGGCGUGCAAGAAGAGCUCGCUCAGAUGCAAGAGAAUAUCAAGCUUGUCGAGCAGGAACGAGAUGCUUUAAGAACGAUUGCGAAGAAUGAAGAGAUCGCUAGAAUUGCAGCCGAAGGGAGGAUGCCAUUACCGGCAUUGCCAGAACAUGAUGAGUUUGCUUCGCCAAAGAAGCCCAGAAAAUCUUUAGACCCUGUUACGGUUACUUCGUCGGCGGCGGCUGAGGAAGAGUUGGACGACAUGCGCUUAAGACUGGAAUGGGAACACCAACGGGCGGACAGAGCCUACGAUCGAAUUGAAUUCCUAGAGAUGGAAUGCCGUUGGAAGUGCUGUGCAUCAAGAAAUACGCAAGAAGGAGACUGUGCACCCCCUACGCAGGCGACUAUCCACGUCCUUGAACAUAGCCAGGUGGCCAAGUCGAGCACAGUGUUCAUACCGGCGGAAGGUGUUUUCCGAACCGUAUCCCCAACACCAGAAGAAUCCCCAUGGAUGUCCCUAGCGAAGAAUAAUAUUCCAGUCUUCGCACAACCUGCACCAGAGCCUGCACCAGAACCUCUACAUGCCGUCAACUAUGCACGAACACCAUCCUGCGAGCCCCCAACAUCUGCAAUUCUACCCGACGCCAACACAUCAUUACUCUCCCUUCUCGAUGCUCCACAUAGCCCAAGCCACAGCGCCGGCAAUAACUAUGAAGAGGAUGGGUCCAACACAACAGUUAUUCAGACAUUCCAUACCAUAUCAACCACGACACGCAUUCCGUUGGCUGACCCACCGGAACUCACGCCUCCAACAACUUUACCAACUGAUUUAUCCAACCCGGCCUUGAGCCCGACUAUGUCCCGCGAAAAAGCAUUGGCGCAAAUUCGAGAGCGAAGAGGGAGAGCAAAGAGUUUGGCACAGGGGACAAUGACACCACGCAAGCAGAUGGCGGAGGGGAUGAGCAGAAGAGACAUCAGCGCGCCUGCUGUUCGCAAUGUCAAGGAGAGAGGGCGGAGCCAGGCGAGAGCAUAA